AUGGCCAAAGAAGUAAUACAAUUUUUCGUAGCCGCGAAUUUGGUCACCUUUGUUUUAGGUCAUGGGAUGAUGCUUGAUCCCCCCAGCCGAAACUCCGCUUGGAGAUAUUUUUCAAACCGUCCAAAGCAGUUCACGGAUAACGAAUUGAAUUGUGGGGGAUUCAGCGCACAGUGGGACAAACAUGGUGGUAAAUGCGGCGUUUGCGGCGACGAAUAUAACAUAGCAAACCCUAAGUACGUCUACCCAGGCUUAUUCGCUCAAGAUGGUUUUAUCACCAAAACUUAUAAGGAAGGAGAAACAAUUCAGGUCACAAUAAAGAUCACUUCCAAUCAUCAGGGAUUCUUUCGUUUCACCGUAGGUAAGCUGGAGAGACAGCCAAUCACCCAAGAACAGCUAACUCACGUCUUGUUGCAACCCGAUGGUUCGAACACGUGGCAGUUGCACUCAUCCGCAAAUGGAAACUACCACAUCAAACUCGUGCUGCCCAAAGGCCUGACAUGUGAUCACUGCGUGCUUCAGUGGUGGUGGACAGUGGGAAACAACUGGGGCUGCAAUGAAGAAGGAAAUUGUGGAGUUGGUUUGGGAAAGAAACAAGAAACAUUUGUUAACUGUGCCGAUAUCAAGAUAACACCAGAGGGAGGGGCUAGUGGUACAGAUACACCCCUAACAGAACAACCCUCUACUCAGGCGCCUUUGACAGGGUUUACACCUAGUUCCAAACCCCCCAAAACACAGAAACCCUCCACUGGAUGUAAGGCCACGGGGCCCUGGACCGGACAAGCUGCUAUGGACAAGUGGUGCGUUCAGAACUGUGCAUUAGGCAAUUGCCCCUCAAGCCACUGCCAGUGUUAAGCAAUCCGUUUCUUUUUACGAGUGAAUUAUGUGUGUGAAUUAUGUUGUGUGAAUUAAUUUUGUAGUGGAGAGUCUGUCAAACCUAAGAAAAAGUUAUCAGCAAGCUAGAAUUAGUACGAACCUAACUCAAAAUAUAUGUUAUUCAGAAUCGUGCCGACUAAGAAUAAUCCUCUUUCAUAGGAAAAGCAGUUCUUGUAGGUUUAGCUUUACACUGUUCAAUAGUCUGUCUAAGGUUGACAUUCCACUUCCAGUGUCUUGUAAGGUGGGGCAUAGGAUGAACAAAUAAGCGUGUAGACGUACAGAUUGAUGAUUGGUUGUAUGAAUGAUUGGAUGGAAAAAUGAAUAAAUGAACUAUCAAUCAAUUAAUCAAUCACCAUGGGAAGAAAAAACCUCAUUUAUAGCUCUAUGUCUACGAAAAUGUCGUGUAAAUCUCAAAAUAAUUCCUAACCUCGCAAAGAUUUUGAAAAACAAGCCUAUAUCUGAAAACUCAAGAGACAUUUUCCGCAUUAAUGGUCACGUGUGACGUAGCACAACUGUAAAAAUCCCUUAAAACAAUAAGAAAGUUUGCCCUGGUAGGUGAGUGAUUCCUGUAACAAAGUGUUUACACGGCAGGUAGGGUUUCCCUGGUUCUAGGGUAACCUUGUUAGAAGCGUAGCCAGCAAUUGUUUCCUUGUAAGCCGGAGUUGUAUAAGCCCUACAGGAGACGUGGGUUGGGAGGGGGGGGGAGUAAAUUAAACAAUCAUUCAGGUGGAUGGGUUUGUUCGAAGUUGCAUUUCCACUUGGAUCAAUGCGGAAAAAGAGUAGUUCAACAUAGCAUUAAAUUAAAGUUUUUCGGUAGGAGCUACUUGGCUACUUAACAUUUGAAAGUGGUUUGUCAACUUUUUAAAGUUAGUCCCUAGCACAGCCUAACAACAACAACAAAAAACAAACAAGGAGAAAGCGGUUUCCUAGCUGCUGUUUAGAGCUGAGACCUUCCGAAAUUAUGAGUUUUUAAACUAAUGAUUCUAGCGGGUACUUAAAGUAAACAAAGUGGAGCGGCUCGAGCUCUGCAAGGUAUCUACUUGAAAAACCCAAGAUGGGGUUCCACGACGGAUUUUCCUAGUGAAAUAUACGCCAAUAUUGCACGUCAAUAAUUGAGAAAGACAUUGGUGCCUGUAUUAAAUGCAACUUCUUAUCUUGUUAACAUGCGAUUAAUUGAGCUCAUUUUAACCCAAUUUUUUGUCAAGCCCGGGCUUAAUGGCUUUUAAAAUGGCAACUACACCCCUGUCUGUAGCGCUUAAGGUUCAACCUAUGCGUCACGGUUACCCUUAUCGGUCUUGUAAACACGUCGCAUAAAAUAAGAAGAAAUGUGCGAGUAUUCGGGUAACCGUCUGGCUUGGGUAAACCUUAAAUUAUUCCAAUUAUGCAAUCCAUUCCCGAUAAAUAAAGUACUUUUUUUUGUAAUGGAAAAAAUACCUAAAGUAUAUCUUUUAAGACUAGUAUGAUAAAACAUGACUUAGGGACAGUUUUAGAGGAGAGGUUGACAAUAAAAAAUAUAUCGUUGGGACCUCAGUAAAAGUGUCCGCGACCACUUAAUACAGGUGACCGCAUGUCAGUAUUAUAGUAAUCAAGAGAAUGCUGACAAUAAAUAUACUCAAAAGUAGGUUGAAUUUGAUCGUCCGGGUAAACGUAGUGAAAUGGCUCCUGGGUUCAAUCCUUUCACAACAAAUAAACCGUUGGGACUUCGGUAAAGGUGACCGCAUGUCAGUAUUGUCAGUAUUAUAGUAAUCAAGAGAAUGAUUGACCAUAAACUCGGUUAAGGUGACCGCGAACGUUCAAAAGAGCAAUGUCAUGCAAUUUGUUAUCUUUGCAAAAAGCUUAAGCCGAAAAUAGUAGUCUAUUAUUGUUAUUCAAGACCAUAUUUAUCGGUAUUUCGUUUCUUAUGUUGCAACAGAUGGCAAGGAUGGACAUCGACUGAAACUUGAAAAAGUUGGGUCAACUUUGUAGAGUUUCAGUAUGCUGAGUACUCCCUGCUGGUGAAAUUUGUUUGAUAUCUUCUUCAUAACUCGAUCUACAGGAGCAGUUUGUGUAUGGGGCAUGCAUAGAGGAUAUUACACGGUGGCGCGAAGAUAUGAAUUUUAUUUUCGAGUGGCAAAACAAUAUUUUACGAACGAGCGCAGCGAGUGAGUGAAAUAUUGUUUUGGCCACGAGAAAAUAAAAUUCAUAUCUUCAAGCCGCCGUGUACACACUGGUGUAAUGUUCUUUUUAUUAUAUACAGGGUGUCCCAAAAGUUCGUUCCUCUACUUUGUAAGUCUGUAGUGUAAGUUACGAUUGUACUCGUGAAACGAAUUAUUUAUGCACAAGUUGUUUAUUUCAGUCUGAUUAAGUAUCAUAUAUUUAUUGCGCCAUCUUUUUAUUGGAAAAUUCAAUUUUUGCAUUUUCCCGCCAAAGGUGUGCACGCGCGUUUAUAUUUUCCCGCCAAAUAUUUGUCGUAUUUUGUGUCCUGAAUUGCUCACAAUCUUCCCUCGGUUUUGUGAAUAUCAUGAAAGAUCACCCUGUUAAUGCUAAAAAGCUCAGCUACUUGAGAGCCCAAGCGUCUAUACUCAGAUCAAUUGGCUUGUGAGUUAAAUAAAUUUCCAAAAAUCUGCAAAAAUCUGAACGUUGGGUAGUGAAAUGGUCCUCAAGAAAAGAACGGGAAGACCGAAAUUCCUAAUGAGGCAGCUAAAAGAAUUCUGAACAAAGCUAAGUACAAAAGGGGAAACUUGACCAUACAGCUCAGCUUUCACGACAAUAAGCAAGCAAAGGCCAUGUUGGGGGAAAAAACACUAUCUUGAGGUUUAUAAAAAACGAAGGUUGGAGACCGCUGAGAAGGCAAAAGAAACCUCUGCUCACAGCCAAGCAGCGUGCAGCUCGACUGAAAUUUGCUAAGCAGUACAAAAACCUUACUGCGGCAGAAUGGGAUGAUUUUCUUUUUUCGGACGAAUGUCCCCAAUAUUUGUUUCAGCUGCCCAAUUCGAAAUUUGAUAUUGUUUGGGGUUCUCAGGAGAGCAAAGUUCCUCCAGCAUAUCAGGUUUAAAAAAGUUCAAAAUGGAUCAUAUGGGGCGGAAUGACAGGCCGCGGUCUCACUGGGAUACAUCUUUUACCCCAAGGACAGACUUUGACUGUCGAUUACUACAUCAACAACUUAUUAGAAGCCUGUCCUUCACCGUAUAAACGUGAAUGAGGCAACAGACAAGCGAAAAUUGUGCAGUUCCAAUCGCCACGUGCAUUCGUCCAAGACGGGGCGCCAGCACACGCAGCCAAGGCCACCCAGGCAUGGUGCGAAAAAAAAACCUGUCAAAUUUUAUAGAGAAAACAUGCUGGCCCCCAAAUUCCCCAGAUAUUAACCCUGUGGAGAAUCGUUGGAGCAUAAUGGAUGAAGUCGUCUAUAAAGACCCAACUCCUAAAACCAUGAAGGAUCUGAAAAGACGGCUCAAACAAGCCUGGAAGAAAAUCCCGCUCUCCACGUCACGCUACAUGACUUUAAUAUCCCACUCCAUGCCGCAACGGCUUCGGAACGUGAUAUCAAACAAAGGAGGGCAUGCUGGAUAUUGACUUUCCGAAUAUAUGUACUCAGUAAAGCAAUAAAAGUCUUUAAGAAAUCUCAUGCAGAAGUGCAGUUUCGAUCAAAAGCUAUGUCGCAUGUAGUAAGAGGAACGAACUUUUGGGACACCCUGUAGACAAAAAGGCGUCGAUACAAUAAUAGAUUUUUAUUCGCGCAAAAAGUAAUUGUGACGGCUCAAAUUUAUAGUGCAGCAAUAAGACAUUGUUUACAAUAAUCUUGAAAAAUAACACUGAGCUGAAUAGGGCUCUACAAUGACAAAAUAUAAGUAAAGCUUUGAAAAAUGUGUAAGUAAAAUUCAAAAGACGCAAGACGCCUUACAAAUUUCGAAGGGGAAUUACGUCAUCGAUAAACUCACGUGUGAGAUUAUGGAAAAUAAACCACUCGGGUCCCGGAUGUAGUUUUUAUGAAUUUUACGAGUGGUAUAUUUUCCAGUAAAACACUCUUGUCUAUAUAAUAAAAGGCACUAAGUAAUGUCUUCAGCACAGAAUUGACCUUCAUUACCCUUGUGACAUGGAGCAAAACCCCUUCGGUAGAGUUGACCGCAGUAUUGUAUAGUAAUCAAGAGGAUGAUUUUUCAUAAAAAAUAGAUCAAUCGCUGAGACCUCGGUAAAGCUAAUGUGACCGCGAUCAUUCUCUUAAUAGAGUUGACCGCUUGUCAGUAUUAUAGUAAUCAAGAGAAUGAUUGAUAAUAAAAAAAAAGUCGUUGGGACCUUGGUAAGGUAAGGUAAGGUCAAUAAAAAAUAGUAAUCAAGAGAAUGAUUAACAAAAAUAUAUCGUUGGGACCUCGUAAAGCUAAGGUGACCGCGACCGCUUAAUAGAAAUGACCGCUUGUCAGUAUUGUGAUAGUAAUUAAGGGAAUGAUAGACAAUAAAAAAGAAUACAUAGUUGGGACCUCGGUAAAGGUGACUUUAAUUGCUUUAAUUAACUGCUUUUAAUUAGUGCGUUUUGUCAGCCAAAUUGACACAAAUUAACAAUUUGUCUGUUACAGCCUGACAAAGUUUUUCGCUGCUACUAUACUAAAGUUUCGAAGGAUAGAUCAACCCUCGCUUUUAAAUGAAUACUCAGGCCACAGUUAAACCCCGUUAAUACAGACACUUGGGGAAGGGGGGAAGACAUAGAAAGUGUCCUUAUUAAGGGGGUGCUCGUUUAAUUAUUUAAGCAAAAAUACACCUUUUAUUUGAAAAACAUGCUAAAGAAAUAAAACAAGGCAUUAGGGACUGUUCGUUAUUUAUGCCUAAGGGGGGGGGGGGGGGGGGGGGGUUUUACUCAGGACGCGACGUGCCUCCGAUUGCGAAAUUGCGUACAACACGUGUUCUGGCCGGUUGCCGACAAACCAAAAUCCAUUGCAAGGUCAUUUGUGAUCGUACAGUAUAGAAGCUCUAAAUAAGGAAAGCAACUUUGCAGCGCCGGUGUUAACGUGGGCCCUGAAAAGAUCAGAUUUAAGAGAGAAGUCAACGGUAGGAAAGUUUGUAAGGAGCUCAUUGUAAGGAUUGAACCACGAGGAUGUACUCCUGAAACUGGAGACAGUUUUGCUAUUAUUAAAUAUCAGAUUGCAUGUAAAGGGAUUUAAUAAGUUAAUAUAUAUUGGAACCUUUAAAUAACGCUACUCCACGUCACGUUUUCUUAGCUUUUCAAACUAUAAAGAUCAGGCGCUUUGUAUUAAAUAGAAUUCUCGAUACAGAGUUCAACUUUUUAAAUAUGUCUGCAAAACGGCUACACAAGUGUUGAAACAACAGUUUCUAAAAGCUUACCCCUCCCCCCUUAUUUGUAUUUUAGAAAAACACCCCCCCUUUUUCAGUGACUUUGAAAAUUUUACCCCCCCACUCUAAACACCGGCCCCCCCUUAGGCAUAAAUAACGAACAGUCCCUUAGCAUAGUCAAACUGAGGGAAAGGUUUAUCACACCACACAGUUCAGAGCAUGCGACGAUGAAUUGUCCGCAUUUGCGAGGUUGACAUCUAUGAGAUUCUGUUCAUUGAGCAAGAAACAAGUGUCCGUUGUCCGCAUUAACGCCAGGUGUCCUCAUUACGCCGAUUUAAUUGAGAGAAAAUGUAUAGAUCAUUUUCACUGUGUCACGAAACAAAAAAAUAAAUUGGAAACCGUCCAGUGGAAGAAGCCAAGAAAAUGAAAUGUUAUAAAAGACUAAUAUAUAAACAAUUUGUCCAAGUCCCAGGUCUCUGUGGCCCACAGUUUCUGAGUUACUUGCCGAAACGUUUCACGCACCUUUGUAAAGCUUUGUAUAGAGACGCCAUAUUGGUGAACCGUGCACCCGAUACGGCCGCCGGAAAUCAACAAAGAGGGGGGCGUAAGGGUUUGCGGUAUUGCGGUAUUGGGUUAUUUUUGGUGCGGUGUUGCGGUAAUUUUUAUUUCAAAGUACGGUAUUGCGGUUUUCAGAGUCCAAGCGGUGUGCGGUAAGUUUAAAUUUUAUGUCGCGGUAGUCGGUGAAAAAAUCGUUGUGUCGCGGUGAUCUGCUUCUUUUUCAUGACAAGAUGAUACAAAUCCUAAAAGGUCUCGCUACCUAGCCUGCGUGUCUUCCUGUAGUUGCACAGUCGGGGAUCGUAUUGCGCAAACAGUGCAGACAAAUCGUAUGGCUUGUAAUUUCAGUUAAUACUUGAUAUGAUUAACGACAUUAACUUUUUUAUCCAAUGAUACGUAAACAUGUCGCAUUAUUUAUGACCUCAUGGACAUUGUGGGAAUAGUCAGCUUUUAACCUCCCUACCAAUCUUACCACCACUUUCGUGCUAGUCGCAAAAAAAUGGCGAGCGAUCCACAGGGUCAACUAAGUGAUCAGUCAGAUAUUCCAGCAAAUAGUGAGGUCAGUGAGGUCAUUAUAAAUUGUGUAGUGUCGAAAGAUAAUCCAUGAAGAUGAUGUGAUCUAAAAUUGAAUUAAUACUCGUCCUUCUCGUUGUGCAUGCAGGAAUAUAGAAUGUACUAGUAUUCGUGUGUGCUUAGCCUACGUACCAUGGCGGCCGGGGGGGGGGGUACUUCCUGAUAAGAGGCUAAUGAGGAUGUGCCGCUGGAUGGGGUCGCAUUUUCACGACUGGAUUGACUAUAAUGGGGUCGCAUUUGUAGAGAGUUACUAGGAUGGGGUCGCACAUGUUCUGCUUUUUUGGGGUAAAACAGUUCUUCAAAAGUGACUAAGAUGUGGUCUAUAAUUGGCCACAGAAUAGGCUAUAAUGGGGUAGGGGCUCUGAGAGGCCAGUGGCACAUACCGAGCAAAAAUUAACCCAAGUACCCCAUGGGAGUUUUACAUGGUUUUGUCGGCAGCACGACUGUGAGCGGCGAAGCAGCUCCCGCCCCAAUCUCCUCGCCCGCGCCUGCCUUCAUUAUUUAGCUUCAAGCGGGGGAAUGUAAUGCGGUCAAUGCAAGCUUAUUGUUAAAUUUAAUAAACAACCACUUCCUGAUUUUUUUGCCGAGAAUCUUUCCAUUUGAAUCCCUACCUAUCUCAAAAAUCCGAAAAUUUGCGACCCCAUUAUAAUCACUCCAGUCGUGAAAAUGCGACCCCAUUAAGCGGCACAUCCCUCUUAGCCUCUUGCAAGGAAGUACUCCCCCCGGUGCUGUGUGCCCUUCGAAUCCAAAAGGCAGCCGGGGUCGACGUUUUGAAACCCUCAACACAGAACCGAGUUAACUGUGAAUCUGAAACAACCUCAUAAGAGUCAACUGUCAUCCGUCCGUUUAUGAUCCAGUUCAGUAAUAUAUACAGUAAUACCAGGAGCUCCUGAGUAAUACUAGAAAACUCCUGUUGUAUCAUUUACGUAAACGCUUACAUGUAAGGAACAAUGUUAAACGAGUGCGAUGAUCUUAUGUUUAUCGUACACUUGACAUCGACGCACCAUGAUUUGGAAACACUGACAUAAAAGUAUUAUUUCUAUUUGAAAGGAGGAUUUUAUGGUAUUGACAACGUCAACGUUUUCCCAUUUGUAACUGCGGUUUCGGUAUUUGGCUAAAUUUUGAUGCGGUGUUGCGGUAUUCUCGCGCUACCAUGUGCGGUAUUGCGGUAUUCGUGUCCCCCUUACGCCCCCCUCAACAAAAAAGUCUGGAGUUCACGUUUUCUAUAAAAGCUCUUUUUUUUCACUCGAGAACUAGCAUACGUGCGCAUAAACAUAUCUUCUAAUACUUGAAAUGGUUAUACUGCCGAAAAUCUAGAGACAGCAUUCCUAUUUUAAUUUGGACUGUCACGCAUUGUGAAAAUUGCUGUAUUUUCGAAAUGAAACGUGCUACGGGAAUGGAAACUUGUAGAAAGAUUUACUGUUUUUGUUUAUCUUCAACCUAGUGUAAAUAUUAAGAAUUCGUAAAACCUCGCUAAUUUGAUGACUUCACUGUGAAAACCAUCUAUUAGGGCUUUGCCCAGUACAAAGAACACUGUCCGUAAUAUUUUACUGACGUGUCUGUAUUAACCGGGUGUCCGUAAAGCGAGAUUAGAAUCAGGGCCAAUACAAAAGAAACAAAAUAUCAGUCACCUUUCUAUUUGCCUCCUACUCGGCAAUUCUAUAUAUAGACUUGCUUACAAGUCGAGCUCAAAUUUUUUCACGAGCGCGAAGCGAAAGUGGUAGAUUUUUUAUCUUUUCUGCAGCAAAAGCGAACCAAAGAGCGAAACCUCGUCGUUCGCGCUGAGGCCAACUACGGAACCGGAAAUGAGAAGCGAAGGACUUUGAGAAAGUCUAUUCUAUAGAGCGGUUUUCACUUGACUGUCGUAAAACCAAAACCAAAGUAAAUACACUAGCCAACCAAAGGGCGUAGUAAAACCAAAACCAAACCAAUUCCUCAAUUACUUUCGACAGUCAAGUGAAAACCGCAACAGUCGGGGAUCGUAUUGCGCAAACAGUGCAGACAAAUCGUAUGGCUUGUAAUUUCAGUUAAUACUUGAUAUGAUUAACGACAUUAACUUUUUUAUCCAAUGAUACGUAAACAUGUCGCAUUAUUUAUGACCUCAUGGACAUUGUGGGAAUAGUCAGCUUUUAAUCUCCCUACCAAUCUUACCACCACUUUCGUGCUAGUCGCAAAAAAAUGGCGAGCGAUCCAGAGGGUCAACUAAGUGAUCAGUCAGAUAUUCCAGCAAAUAGUGAGGUCAGUGAGGUCAUUAUAAAUUGUGUAGUGUCGAAAGAUAAUCCAUGAAGAUGAUGUGAUCUAAAAUUGAAUUAAUACUCGUCCUUCUCGUUGUGCAUGCAGGAAUAUAGAAUGUACUAGUAUUCGUGUGUGCUUAGCCUACGUACCAUGGCGGCCGGGGGGGGGGGUACUUCCUGAUAAGAGGCUAAUGAGGAUGUGCCGCUGGAUGGGGUCGCAUUUUCACGACUGGAUUGACUAUAAUGGGGUCGCAUUUGUAGAGAGUUACUAGGAUGGGGUCGCACAUGUUCUGCUUUUUUGGGGUAAAACAGUUCUUCAAAAGUGACUAAGAUGUGGUCUAUAAUUGGCCACAGAAUAGGCUAUAAUGGGGUAGGGGCUCUGAGAGGCCAGUGGCACAUACCGAGCAAAAAUUAACCCAAGUACCCCAUGGGAGUUUUACAUGGUUUUGUCGGCAGCACGACUGUGAGCGGCGAAGCAGCUCCCGCCCCAAUCUCCUCGCCCGCGCCUGCCUUCAUUAUUUAGCUUCAAGCGGGGGAAUGUAAUGCGGUCAAUGCAAGCUUAUUGUUAAAUUUAAUAAACAACCACUUCCUGAUUUUUUUGCCGAGAAUCUUUCCAUUUGAAUCCCUACCUAUCUCAAAAAUCCGAAAAUUUGCGACCCCAUUAUAAUCACUCCAGUCGUGAAAAUGCGACCCCAUUAAGCGGCACAUCCCUCUUAGCCUCUUGCAAGGAAGUACUCCCCCCGGUGCUGUGUGCCCUUCGAAUCCAAAAGGCAGCCGGGGUCGACGUUUUGAAACCCUCAACACAGAACCGAGUUAACUGUGAAUCUGAAACAACCUCAUAAGAGUCAACUGUCAUCCGUCCGUUUAUGAUCCAGUUCAGUAAUAUAUACAGUAAUACCAGGAGCUCCUGAGUAAUACUAGAAAACUCCUGUUGUAUCAUUUACGUAAACGCUUACAUGUAAGGAACAAUGUUAAACGAGUGCGAUGAUCUUAUGUUUAUCGUACACUUGACAUCGACGCACCAUGAUUUGGAAACACUGACAUAAAAGUAUUAUUUCUAUUUGAAAGGAGGAUUUUAUGGUAUUGACAACGUCAACGUUUUCCCAUUUGUAACUGCGGUUUCGGUAUUUGGCUAAAUUUUGAUGCGGUGUUGCGGUAUUCUCGCGCUACCAUGUGCGGUAUUGCGGUAUUCGUGUCCCCCUUACGCCCCCCUCAACAAAAAAGUCUGGAGUUCACGUUUUCUAUAAAAGCUCUUUUUUUUCACUCGAGAACUAGCAUACGUGCGCAUAAACAUAUCUUCUAAUACUUGAAAUGGUUAUACUGCCGAAAAUCUAGAGACAGCAUUCCUAUUUUAAUUUGGACUGUCACGCAUUGUGAAAAUUGCUGUAUUUUCGAAAUGAAACGUGCUACGGGAAUGGAAACUUGUAGAAAGAUUUACUGUUUUUGUUUAUCUUCAACCUAGUGUAAAUAUUAAGAAUUCGUAAAACCUCGCUAAUUUGAUGACUUCACUGUGAAAACCAUCUAUUAGGGCUUUGCCCAGUACAAAGAACACUGUCCGUAAUAUUUUACUGACGUGUCUGUAUUAACCGGGUGUCCGUAAAGCGAGAUUAGAAUCAGGGCCAAUACAAAAGAAACAAAAUAUCAGUCACCUUUCUAUUUGCCUCCUACUCGGCAAUUCUAUAUAUAGACUUGCUUACAAGUCGAGCUCAAAUUUUUUCACGAGCGCGAAGCGAAAGUGGUAGAUUUUUUAUCUUUUCUGCAGCAAAAGCGAACCAAAGAGCGAAACCUCGUCGUUCGCGCUGAGGCCAACUACGGAACCGGAAAUGAGAAGCGAAGGACUUUGAGAAAGUCUAUUCUAUAGAGCGGUUUUCACUUGACUGUCGUAAAACCAAAACCAAAGUAAAUACACUAGCCAACCAAAGGGCGUAGUAAAACCAAAACCAAACCAAUUCCUCAAUUACUUUCGACAGUCAAGUGAAAACCGCUCCAUAUGGCUUGUUUCCGUACAUAAUUUGUCCUGUUUCCGAUCCAUCAAUAUCCGGACGUUGGCAUGCGAAGUGGCCACUUCUUCCAAAACCAAAUUUGUAUUUAUAAACGUCGGAACUUGUCUGGUAUAAACCGCUAACAGCAGGGUGAUCACGUUCCGUCCAGGAUAACGUGUAUCAUUCAGCUGAAUCAUCACCAGUCCUAUAUAGUUUUCUUUUCAUAAGUUCGUUCGCUAAGCUGUAAUUUUGAUUGCAAAGGGAGAAUUUAUUAGACCACUUCAAAGAAACCAACCGUCUAGUGGAUUCGUGGUUUGUGGAAGCACCCCAAACACUUCUCAAGUGUUCUUCAAAUUCUUAAAUAGUUUACACACUUUUACAGAAAUUCAAAAUGACUUUUAUCUGCGAGCAUGAAGUGGUUUUCCCAUGCCGGACGCCGCUCGCCGGGUAAAUAAUAGACGGAAUAAGUUUUGUUAUUCGGGCUAUUCAAUGUAAAUAUUAUGAUUUGUGCGCUAUUGCGCUAGUGUCGCGGGGCCUUUGCACUAUAUCCCGAAACAAUACUAUGAAUAAAAGCAAUAUAGUAAUAUAUUGUAAAAUUAUAUAUUGUAGAACUUAAGCUUUCUUGACGUUACCAGGAGUAUGACCAAACUAAGUAAUUUGUGGGCGGCAUUGGGUGGGGCAUUUUUGCUGACUCAUUAGUCAUCACGUACACCUCAUCACGGGGGCUUUUGGUAUAAAAGUGAUGGCACAUUGCUAAAAUCUAAUCCGGCAUUGGCAGUUGGCGGUAACUCAUAAAAGCUUGGUCAUUUUUCAAAUUUUACUUUUGCAUCAAAAACGAACACAAGACUGAAGGUAAAAUGAAUGUUACAGAAAUUUUUCGUUUUUUGUUGGUCGCGAAAAUAGUGAUCGCUUUGGCUCUUGGACAUGGACGGAUGAUGGACCCUGCUAGUAGAAACUCCGCCUGGAGAGUCUUUCCCGAUCGUCCGAAGCAGUACACGGAUAACGAGUUGAAUUGUGGGGGAUUCGGCGCCCAGUGGAAUAAGCAUGGUGGUAAAUGCGGCGUUUGCGGCGACGAAUAUAACAUAGCAAACCCUAAGUACGUCCACCCCGGAUCGUAUGCUAGUGAUGAUUUCACCACCAAGACUUAUAAAGAAGGAGAAACAAUUCAGGUGACAAUAGAGAUCACUGCCAAUCAUAAGGGAUACUUCCGUUUUAGUGUGGGUAAGCUCCAGACACGCCCUAUCACCCAAGAACAGCUUACACACGUCUUGUUGCAACCCGAUGGUUCGAACAAGUGGCAGUUGCAGUCAUCCGCAAAUGGAGAGUAUCUCAUCGAGCUCGUGCUGCCCAAAGGCCUGACAUGUGAUCACUGCGUGCUACAAUGGUGGUGGACAGUGGGAAACAACUGGGGAAAGGAACAAGAAACAUUUGUGAACUGCGCAGACAUCAAGAUUAUACCAGGGGGAGGUCCUGUGCCAACAAAAGAGAAACCAAGCACGGAAAAGCCUUUAAGCUCCACCGCUACGGCCUUACCCCCUAAGGUACCCUCUACAGGGAGUCCGCAGAAGCCCUCCAUUCGGAGCCCCUCCACUGGAGGACCCUCAAAAGAAGGGCCAACAAAUCUCCCUACUACAACGUCAUCAACAGGAGGAUGUAAGUCUGCAGGAGCAUAUGCCGGUCAGCCUGGUAUGGAUCAAUGGUGCGUUACUAACUGUGCAGCGGGAUACUGUCCUGCCUCUGAUUGCGUUUGUAACUAG